GAGUUGCUGCGGCUAUGUCGCGACAGCCUCCGUUGUCUGAUUUCUCGCGAGAAGCCGCGAAGAUUCCGGUGUUGUGUAUGUUCCUGGAAACAUGGCGGCCAGCUUCCGCGGCCGUCCUAUCCGGAGUCUUCGGAUGCGAGGUCGGAAUGACAGCGGAGAAGAGAACGUACCGCUGGAUCUGACCAGAGAACCGUCAGAGAACUUCCGUGAAAUCCUUCAAAAUGUGGCCAAACCACAUGGAGUCAGUAACAUGCGAAAACUGGGCCACCUGAACAACUUCAUAAAGCUGCUAUGCAGUGUUAACCACCAUGAAGAAAGCUUUGGGUUUACAUACGAAGAAAUCAUCGUCUGCCUGCGACUAGCUCUACUGAAUGAGGCCAAGGAAGUGCGUGCUGCAGGGUUGCGGUCACUCCGUUACCUCAUUAGAGACACCGCUGUGUUGCAGAAGGUCCUCAAACUACAGGUGGACUAUUUGGUCGCCAGAUGUAUUGACAUCCAGCAGAGCAAUGAGGGGGAGAGGACUCAGGCUCUCAGACUAGUCCGAAAGAUUAUCACUGUCAAUGCGAUGCUGUUCCCCACCUCUAUUGCAAACUCUCUGAUAGCUGUGGGCACAGAUGGACUACAGGAGAGAGACCGCAUGGUCCGUGCAGCCAUCGCCAUCGUGUGUGAGCUGGCCCUGAAGAACCCAGAGGUGGUGGCCAAACGGGGAGGCCUCAGCACCAUCCUGAAGAGCGUGAUUGACUGUCAGCUGAGCCGCAUCAAUGAAGCUCUGAUCACCACUGUCCUCCACCUCCUCAACCACCCGCGUACCCGUCAGUACGUGCGUGUUGACGUCGAACUGGAGCAAAUCCUCGCGCCUUUCACAGAUUUUCACUACCGCCACAACGCAGACACGGCUGAAGGACAACUCAAGGAGGACAGAGAGUCCCGUUUACUGUCGAGCAGAAUGGCCAUCGUGGCAGCCUUUCGCUCCUGGUCUGGGAUUAUCAACCUAUGCAAGGCUGGAAAUUCUGGAAUCCAGUCUUUAAUUGGCUUACUUUGCAUACCGAAUAUGGAAGUUAGGAAAGGCUUGUUGGAGGUGUUGUAUGAGAUAUUCAGACUCCCUGUGCCCAUUGUAACUCAAGACUUCACGGAAGCUCUCCUGAGUGUCGACCCUGCACGCUUCCAGGACACCUGGAGACUCUCUGAUGGGUUUGUCGCUGCUGAAGCCAAAGUCAUCCUUCCACAUCGGGCCCGCUCGAGGCCUGACCUCAUGGACAACUACCUGGCAUUUGUUCUGUCUGCCUUCAUCAGCAGCGGGCUGUUGGAGGGUCUGGUUGAAGUGGUGACCAGUAGCGACGAUCAGCUUGCUGUCAGAUCUACCAUCCUCCUGGGAGAACUUCUACACAUGGCAAACACCAUCCUUCCUCAUUCCCACAGUCACCACCUGCACUGCCUUCCCACCCUCAUCAACAUGGCAGCCUCCUUCGACAUCCCACAGGGGAAGCGACUUCGGGCAAGUGCAGCAGUCAACAAUCUGAAGCGUUUUCAUGAGAAGAAGAAGAAAGGUUUGAAACCACACAGUCUCUACCUGGACCACAUCAUCCGCAAGUCCGUGUCUUCACAUAACCGCAGAGAGUCACACUCGCGUGCCCACAGGGACAUCUAUGUCAUUAAGGACACAGAGGAAGCACUGAUGAUGAACCUGAGGGACAGUCACAUUCUCAACCACAAGCAGAACCUGGAGUGGAACUGGUUGCUUAUUGCCACCAUCCUUAAGUGGCCAAAUGUAAACCUCAGGAACAACAAAGAUGAACAGAUGCACAAGUUUGUGCGGAGGCUGCUCUACUUUUAUAAGCCCAGUAGUAAGCUGUACGCAGCGCUCGCAUUGGAUCACUCCAAGGCCAGGCAGCUCACUGUGGUCGGCUGUCAGUUUGUUGAGUUCCUCAUGGACUCGGAUGAGGACGGCCAGGGUUACCUGGAGGACCUGGUGAAGGACAUGGUGUCGUGGCUGUCCUCGUCUUCAGGGCUGAAGCCUGAGCGCUGUCUGCAGAGCAACGGCCUGCUCACCACACUCAGCCAACACUACUUCCUCUUCCUGGGGACGCUCUCUGCACACCCACAGGGAGUCAAACUGCUGGAGAAAUGUGGCCUGUUUCAGUGCCUGCUGAAUCUGUGCUCUGUGAAAAACCAGGAUGCCGUGCUGAAACUUGCUGUAGCUACUUUGGACUACAGCAGAGAUGGCCUGGCCAGAGUGAUCCUCUCCAAGAUCCUCACCGCUGCUACUGAUCCCUGCAGGUUGUACGCCACCAAACACCUCCGCGUGCUGCUGCGUGCGAGCGUGGAGUUCUUCAGCAGCUGGGGAAUGGAGCUGCUGGUCACACAGCUCCACGACCACAGCAAAGCCGUGUCCAUGGAGGCCCUGGACAUACUGGACGAGGCCUGUGAGGACAAGGCCAACCUCCACGCUCUCAUCCAUCUGAAACCAGCCCUGUCCCACCUGGGAGACAAGGGCCUCCUGCUGCUGCUCAGGUUCCUGUCCAUUCCUAAAGGGUUCUCCUACCUCAACGAGAGAGGUUACGUCAGCAAACAGCUGGACAAAUGGCAGAAGGAAUACAACCUCAAGUAUGUGGAUCUGAUAGAGGAGCAGCUCAACGAAGCACUAACAACUUACCGCAAGCCUGUCGAUGGCGACAACUACGUCAGACGCAGCAACCAAAGGUUACAAAGACCAAAUGUCUAUCUCCCUGUGCACUUGUAUGGUCAGCUGGUCCACGACAAGACGGGCUGCCACCUACUGGAGGCUCAGAGUGUGGUUCCUGACCUCAGCUACACGGUUCGCUCCCCGAUGCUGGACACCUGGGAGGGCAUUAAACAGCUGAAGGCUGCGCUCUGGGCCCUGGGUAACAUUGGCUCUUCAAACUGGGGUCUGAAUCUCCUGCAGGAGGAGAAUGUCCUUCCUGACAUCCUCGCACUGGCUCAACACUGUGAGGUGCUCUCAGUAAGAGGGACGUGUGUUUAUGUGCUGGGUGUGAUCUCCAAGACCAGGCAGGGCUGUGAGGUGCUGAAGCAGUAUGGUUGGGAUGCAGUCAGACACAGUCGCAGGACGCUGUGGCCUGUCACUCCGGAAGAGGUCGACACGCAGCUGACCUCUGAACUUUCCUCGGUGCCGAGCACGCUCAGUUUGAACUCUGAAUCCACCAGCUCGCGCCACAACAGCGAGAGCGAGUCUCAGCCAAACAUGUACAUCCUGGACGAUGACAAGUGUGACGUUCUGGACCAGUCCGACGAGCCGUCUUUCUACCUACACUCCAAACCGGUCAAGGACCGCAGUCCCUUCACAAUCUUGGCCUCCACACGCUUUGUUCGCACUCGCUUUCUCAACUCCCUGUCCCUCCCCAGCAAGAAGCUGCGCUCCACCAGCGACCCCAAGACCCCGUCAGGCUCUUGCACCCCUACUGAACUCAAGACGGGAAGCAUGAGGCGGAACAGAACAGUGACAGAGCCUUCCGUCUACAGCCCAAACCAGGGGGAGGUCUUCUCCUCUGUGUUUAAUGGCAGAGGAAUGCCGAAGAGUCCCACAGUCAGCCUGGAGACGUCCUUUGUCGGGACCAGGGGGGGCUCUGAGGAGCAGCUUGUGGAUGGCAGGCUGACUCGGGGAGGAGGCUCAGGCCUCGGACUCAGUGGUCUAGGAGGGCAUGGGGCCGCAGAGCAUCCCAGCCGGGAGAGGGAGCAGAGCAGUCGAGAGCGUCUUGCGGGACCAGAAGGCAGUUCCUCGUCUAGUGGAGGCAAUGUGGGAGGGGGUGGAGGAGGCAGUGGAGGUACUCAGUUUAAAAGUCGCAGUCAGAGCUUUAACACGGACACAACAACCAGUGGCAUCAGCUCCAUGAGCUCCAGCCCCUCCAGGGAGACCGUUGGAAACCCCGACCAUCCCGACCCCGAGCCAGACUCCUCUGACUGCGUGAGCCUGAACACAGUGGUGUCAGCCAAGACUGUCAAAACGCUCUCCUCCCUCACUCCUCAGGCUCAGACCAACCACCUGUCCACGUCUAAGUCCUCCACUGUGUCUCUGGUACCGCCUGGCUCCUCGCACACUCUCCCCCGCCGGGCUCAGUCUCUCAAGUCUCCCUCAGUGACCACCAUCAAGAGCCUGGCUGACUGUAGCUUCAUGUACACGAGCCCACGGGACGCGCUGGGCUACGCCACACUGAAGAGGCUGCAGCAGCAGAGGAUUCACCCGUCUUUGUCUCACAGCGAGGCGCUGGCUUCACCAGCCAAAGACGUGCUGUUCACCGACACCAUCACUAUGAAGACUGGCAGCCUGGACUCCAGGCUAACGCCUCGCAGGUUUCUGAAGGCCCUGAGCUUCGCCUCUCUGGAUAAAGAGGAGCUACUCAGUCCCAUCAACCAAAGCACCCUGCAGCGCUGCUCUUCAGUGCGCUCCAUGGUCUCUAGCGCCACCUACGGGUGUAACGAUGACUACAUUGGCUUAGCACUUCCCAUGGACAUCAACGAUAUUUUCCACAUCAGAGACUCAGCCUACUUUCAGCAGAGGAUCAGCCCGCCGUCCGAGGAGCGGAAACGCUUCCUCUUUGGUGAUGGCGACGGUGAUCGCCCCGCUCUCCCAAUACUGAAGCAGCAGUUCAGUAUCUCUGAGCUGAUUGCGAGCCGGGGAGACAGCCAGAACCACAUGGUGGGCUCUGAGGAGACCGGACUGCAGGACCACACUGAUGAAAACUGCCUCUACUGUGUAGGAGCCACGGUCCUCGGAUACCCGACGCAGCCACAGAUCAACAGCACACACCCUCGGACAGACUAUGUGGACUUCCCGUCCUGGGGAGGGCAGAGCAGCCAUCGUCUGGAGGUGAUGCCUCAGUCCAAGUUCUCCGGCGUGUCAGGCUGCAGCGACGCUGCUGUGUCACAAGGCUCAAUCUGCGGCACGCCCACCCCUGGCGACAUUGUUAUAGGUGGCAAGGCGAUAUCAGAAGACGGCCCUGCCUCCCGCGUCCUGCUGAGGAAGGAGGUGCUCCGCCUCAUCAUCAACCUCAGCUCCUCUGUUGGAACCAAAGGCCAUGAAACAGGACUACUGACGAUUAAGGAGAAGUUUCCCUACGCGUUCGAUGACAUCUGCCUGUACUCCGAGGUUUCUCACCUCUUGGCCCACUGCAUGUUUCGCCUGACAUCGAGACGUUUCAUACAGGAACUCUUCCAAGACGUGCAGUUUAUGCCAAUGUAUGAGGAAGCAGAGGCAAUCCUGAAAAAGCUACCAAAACCUGUUGAAGAGGAUGUCGACCCUCCUGCAGAAUCCUGAUCGUCCUCCUCCCCCCUCGUGUUCCCUGCACAGCCCCGGUCCUGCCACCCUACAAACACGAAAAGAAAGACUUGAGAGAAUAUGAGAAAAUGGCUGUAAGGGUGGGGAUGCUUCUGUUGCCCAAAACAGAGUACCGUUGCCAAGGAAGAGGAGGAGGUGGUCAUCGCUUGCCUUUCUGCUAGCCAACACAAGCUAGAAACAAAGGACGUCAGUAUCUGUAAACAAAACAAUUAACCCGACACGCCUAAUGCGGUCUUUUCUUACAGGAAAAAGUAGGAGCAGUUUAACCAAAUACUGUUUUCAGAAGGGUUGGCACUCUUGAUCAACACUCAGUAACACAUCGGCGUAAAGCUGAAGGACGAGCUGGAUCAUCAUUAAGACUCACGUUGUGUUUAAAAAGACAAAACAAAAAAAAAAAAAAAGAUGAAAAAAAAAUUCUCUCCACAUUUUAUCUCUUUCCAGAGGUGGUGUUUCUCUGUACUGAAAUGAAUAAGGCAUGUUGUUGUGUCUACCCAGUGAUUUCUUUCUCCUUAUGAAACAAAACACUACGGGGGGGGGGGGGUCCUGCUGUUUUUAUCCGGAGCCUUCCUGCUUCAUGUCCCACCCUGACCUGCGAUCUGUCCUCACCAGAUAACGUGCUUUUGCUUCUCUUGCCUCACCACUUCCUACAACCUGUAGCCUCUUGUCAGCACAGACAGCCAAUUACUUUUCUAUCUCUCGUAUCUCAGACAAUCAAACGUCACUCGUAUUGUAUUUUCUAAAGCACUAUAUAUGCCACCCUGACGUACAGGAGAAUAGCAUGUGAUUCAAAGCUAGUUUAUGCCAUCCUUUACCUGCUUUUAGGACCUUUUAAUGUUUUUUCUUCAGCCAUCCUUUCUUAGUAAGCUUCUCAGGAGGUGGGUUGAUCUUUGGAACGAUGUUGGUCAGUAGUCGUUCGUUGAAAUUAAAACUGCUCUGCUCACAGACUUUUUUCCAAAACCUGCAUAAGCCCAGCAGCUGCCCAACUCUAUGCCUUCUUACCUCUGUGCUCCAGCUCCACCGCAUGUGCAACAAGCAUGGCCAAGUUGUAACGUCACCUUAACGUGUUUCUUGCUUGUAAAACUUUUUUCUUAUAGGUUGCCAUUACAUGCUGCCAUUAUGUUGUAGGAGUAAACUUACCCCUGAAUCUGUUUCCACAAUGCAAUAUCACUGUCUGUCAUUGGCUGAGAUGGAGGAGGAGGAGGCGGCGGCGCGGGUGCGAUGACUAAAGGAUUUGUAAAAGGUUUCCAGGGAAACGGGGGAGCUCUGUUUCCAUUGGCUUGUUUUUGCUAUAAUGCUGCUACACAAAUGGACUCAUAGAGAGAUGAUUCAUAGAUCAGCUGAGUGAUGUCAGAUCCGAUCUAUUUAUUAUAUGUCUGUACCAUAGAGUGAGCUCAACCAGAGAAGAAAAAAGUUAUUUAUAUUUUUUCCUCAAGACUGUAUUAUAAUUUAAACAUUUUUUUGUUUUUUGUUUUUUUUUUUUUGUUUUUGUUUUUGUUUUUUUGCCUGAAUCGUGGUUUCCCUUGUAUAAUGUGUACAGUAUGUUUUUGGGGGCAUUGAUGACCUAAAGAAACAUACAAUCCUAUCAAAGGGAUGCAUUGUUAAUAAAACAAAAUUUGAAAUACCCAAAA